UCUCAGGCCCUAUAGGAUAAGGCCAGAGUGACCCACUUGGGAGGUCCCCUGGCCUUUGACUCUUCUAGCACAUCCUCUGCUCAGUGUGACUCCCUUCAAGAAUUCUCCCCACCCAGGUUUGUAGAACGGCCAGUACCUUCUGUUCCUCUACCCCUGCUAGCCUCAGUGUACACUGUAAGACCUAUUCCUGCUUUAUGCCAUGAUAAGGGCGACCCAGGCUGUCCCAAGGCAGAGGCCCAGGCCAUGCCCUCAGUGGCCUCCAGGGGGCGCCGCCACGAAGCCUGACAUUGGGCUCCCGGGAGCUCAGCGGAGGUGGGCUGGCGCCUGCCGCACAAGCCCUCGGGUUCGGCUGGUCUGCUCUACAGUCUGCGUCCCCCAGGGUGGGUCCGGCUCCGAACUGCCCCUUGCCAUACACGUGUUGUGUCGCUCACCGCUGCCUCAUUUCUACUCCUGCCCGAGGUCGGACGCUAAAUCCUGGCAGGCCCAGUGUCCACGUGUCCGUUUGUCUGUCCGUUUGAAUGUGGCCAUGGGUCGGCGCGCCCCACUCCAGCUGCGGCAUGUGCAGGGUUAAGGCGGGAGGAGGUUUCCCUGAGUCGGAGGGGGAGGGGGCGAGGGGCGGACCUGGCCCAGCCCCGCCCCGCGCCGGAGCAGUGCCGGAGCCCCGCCGGAGCCCGAUUUCAGCUCCAGCCAGAUCCGGCGUCAGCGGAGGCGGAACGGCGGACCCCGUGCCCUGGCAGCUUCGGAGCAUCGGCGGGUGGAGGCAAGGUCCCUGGACUGGUCACAUACCCCUUGUGGCCCUGGCAGAAUCAAGAUGAGGCCCUAUCAUGCCUCCCCAGUGAGGCCUACAGUCUGAGCAGACAGCAUGGCCUGCCAUUGGCAGUGAACACCAUGUCUGCAGGAGGUGGCCGGGCCUUUGUUUGGCAGGUGUUCCCCCCUAUGCCCACUUGCCGGGUCUAUGGCACAGUGGCACACCAAGAUGGGCACCUGCUGGUGUUGGGGGGUUGUGGCCAGGCUGGACUGCCCCUGGACACUGCUGAGACACUGGACAUGGCCUCGCACACAUGGCUGGCACUGGCACCCCUGCCCACUGCCCGGGCUGGCGCAGCUGCGGUGGUUCUGGGCAAGCAGGUGCUAGUGGUGGGUGGUGUGGAUGAGGUCCAGAGCCCGGUAGCUGCUGUGGAGGCCUUCCUGAUGGAUGAGGGCCGCUGGGAGCGUCGAGCCACCCUCCCUCAAGCAGCCAUGGGGGUUGCAACUGUCGAGAGAGAUGGUAUGGUGUAUGCUCUGGGGGGAAUGGGCCCUGACACGGCCCCCCAGGCCCAGGUACGUGUGUAUGAGCCCCGUCGGGAUUGCUGGCUUUCGCUACCCUCCAUGCCCACACCCUGCUAUGGGGCCUCCACCUUCCUGCACGGGAACAAGAUCUAUGUCCUGGGGGGCCGCCAGGGCAAGCUCCCUGUGACUGCUUUUGAAGCCUUUGAUCUGGAGACCCGUACCUGGACCCGGCAUCCAAGCCUACCCAGCCGUCGGGCCUUUGCUGGAUGUGCCAUGGCUGAAGGCAGUGUCUUUAGCCUGGGUGGCCUGCAGCAGCCUGGGCCCCAUAACUUCUACUCUCGCCCACACUUUGUCAACACUGUGGAGAUGUUUGACCUGGAGCAUGGAUCCUGGACCAAGCUGCCCCGCAGCCUGCGCAUGAGGGAUAAGAGGGCAGACUUUGUGGUUGGCUCCCUUGGGGGGCACAUUGUGGCCAUUGGGGGCCUUGGAAACCAGCCAUGUCCUCUGGGCUCUGUGGAGAGCUUUAGCCUUGUACGACGGCGCUGGGAGGCAUUGCCUGCCAUGCCCACUGCCCGCUGUUCCUGCUCUAGUCUGCAGGCUGGGCCCCGGUUGUUUGUUAUUGGGGGUGUGGCCCAGGGCCCCAGUCAAGCCGUGGAGGCACUGUGUCUAUGUGAUGGGGUCUGAAGGCCUGGUGGGAUCUGUCCACUGGAGCAGCUCAGUGCCAGAGGCAGCUAUUUCUAUGGCUCCUUUUGCUGCUGAGGACACUCACUGUGGCUCUGUGGGAUGAGAAAGGCAUGGGGAUGAGGACUUGAGACACUGGCUUGGGGCCUUGGGUUAGGGGAGCCUUCGUCUUUAGUGCAGGCCACACAUAUGCUUACACAUACCUUUAUCACCAUUCGUUCAUGAACCAUGCCUAGCUCCAUCCUUGCCCUGGGACCUACUAGGCCUUCCAUCCAACUGGGAAAUGGGGAGAAGGAAAGCUGGCGUCAUGCUCUUCAGGAUUAGUUCCUAUCUGGAGUUGACCAGGCCCACCCCAGUUGCCAUUCCUGAAAAAUGCCAGGUGCCAGCCUGCCUUUAGGGUCCCGGUAGACCCAGGAGAAUUCAGAGAGGGUGGGGGACACAGAGAGAGUAGAAAGGAUGUGGGAACUGCCAGAGGGCCAGAGCCCAGGAGUUCAAGCAGAGGAGUGCUGGCUUUGGGCCCUUUACACUGCUGGUUGUAUGACCUUGAGCAAGUCACUUCACCUCUCUGUGCCUCAGCAUCCUCAUCUAUAAAUGGGGAUCUCUGAAACCUUCUUACCCUACCUACCUCACAGGGCUGUUGUGAGGACCCAGGGAGUUUGGAUGUGGAAGUAAAAGUGCUGCUAAAACCUA